GAGGGAAGGGAGAAGAUGGCGGCGGCGGUGCUGCUCUUGGCGGCGGCGCUCGUGGCGGCGGCCGGGGCCGCGGCGCCCGGCGGCGGCGGGCCGCGUACGCUGGUGCUGCUGGAGAACUUGAACCUGAAGGACACGCACUCGCUCUUCCUGCGCGGCCUGGCAGAUCGAGGCUUCGACCUGACCUUCCGGACGGCGGACGACCCCGGCCUGUCCCUGAUCAAGUACGGGGAGUUCCUCUACGACAACCUGGUCGUCUUCUCCCCGUCGGUGGAAGAUUUCGGAGGCAACAUCAACGUCGAGACCAUUGCGGCUUUCAUCGACGGAGGCGGGAACGUCCUGGUGGCUGCCAGCUCGGACAUCGGUGAUCCGCUUCGAGAAUUGGGAAGCGAAUGCGGGAUAGAAUUUGAUGAGGAGAAGACAGCUGUCAUUGACCACCACAACUACGAUGUCUCUGAUCCAGGGCAGCACACCCUCAUUGUUGCAGACCCUGAGAAUCUCCUGAAGGCUCCAACUAUUGUGGGGAAGAAGCCGCUAAGCCCCAUCCUUUUCAGGGGAGUCGGGAUGGUGGCUGAUCCUGACAACCCUUUGGUUCUUGAUAUUCUGACUGGCUCCUCAACUUCGUAUUCCUUCUUUCCUGAUAAGCCCAUCACCCAGUAUCCUCACGCUGUCGGGAAGAAUACUCUCCUGAUUGCUGGUCUCCAGGCCCGGAAUAACGCCCGCGUGGUCUUCAGCGGCUCUCUGGAUUUCUUCAGCGAUGCCUUUUUCACGUCGGCUGUGCAGAAGGCGGCAGCAGGCUCUCAGAGGUAUCCCCAGACUGGGAAUUAUGAGCUGGCCAUGGCCUUGUCUCGCUGGGUCUUCAAGGAGGAAGGGGUGCUGCGUGUGGGAGAAGUGUCUCACCAUCGUGUGGGCGAGAAGGCGCCUCCAAGUGCCUACACUGUCACUGACCUGGUGGAGUACAGCAUCGUAAUAGAAAAGCUGUCUGAUGGGAAAUGGGUCCCCUUCGAUGGCGACGAUAUUCAGCUUGAGUUUGUCCGUAUUGACCCGUUUGUGAGGACUUUCCUCAAGAAAAACGGCGGAAAGUCCAGCGUCCAGUUCAAGCUGCCAGACGUUUACGGGGUGUUCCAGUUCAAGGUGGAUUACAACCGUCUCGGCUACACGCACCUCUACUCCUCCACACAGGUGUCCGUCCGCCCGCUCCAGCACACGCAGUACGAGCGCUUCAUCCCCUCGGCUUGCCCGUACUACGCCAGCGCCUUCUCAAUGAUGGCGGGCCUCUUCCUGUUCAGCGUUGUGUUCCUGCACAUGAAGGAGAAAGAGAAAUCUGACUGAAGAACAGCACGGCGCCCUAAUGCCAGCUCUGUUGGACGCCUUGGCACCCGGCCCUGAGCCGCCGAGUCCCGGCUGGGCGCCAGGCCACGGGACCUGGAAUGGGCCAGAAAGGAAGCCGUAGGGCAGACCCGGGGAGUGGCCACGCUCCCAGUGUUCCUCUUCCGCAUUGUUCCAUUUUGCAAAAUAAAGACGCCGUUCCGCCUCCCUU